GAGAAUUUCGUAGAACCACACAGCCAUCAGAUCCCCUCCGCACUGAGCAAAAAGCUGCAAACGAACUAGCGCGCUUCAGCUAUGAUAUCAAACAUCACUAUUUAUUGCAUCUCGUCAUUGCUGUUUUUAAACCUGGCUGGAGGCAAACCAUUGUCCAGUUUGCAGAGCCUCAAGGAGCUCCUGGAAGAAGAGAGGAAUGCGCCCUAUCUCGACUCGGAAGAGGCGGAAGUGCAGGGGAAAGAAGUGAACGCGGAGAAUGCAGCCUUCACCAAGGCGUCCGUGCAUUCCUGGGACCCAAGUUCAAGAGAUGCUGCGCUCUCGUCGAAGGAGAACGCACUCGCUCGCCUCCUGAAUGACAUCCUGUCAUCCUCCAAGCGCUCCUGGAGCAGAUUCAAGAAAGGAGGUCUACGGAGCUGCUUUGGCGUCCGACUCGAAAGGAUUGGCUCGUUUAGCGGACUAGGCUGUUAAGUGGUCUGAUGGAGCUGGACGAGUGCACAGGAAUCUCCCCUUACUUGAACUCUUCGGAUAGGACGUACCUCUUCAACCCAGAAAUAACUGCAUUAACGUUUACAAUAGUAUUUAUGGAUAAUAUUAUUUAUUUAAGAGACAUUUUGUGCUUUUGCUGUCGAAUGGAAACUGUUUCGAAAUAAAUAUACAUAUUUUCAAAUAAAUGUUUGACUGCUC